CAAUGGAGUUUUUCAAGUCCAUCUUCCUCCUCACCACCCUCUCUUCUCUGCUCUCCUCAUUCUCCAUCCAGGCCCAUAACGUUGCUCCUUCCUCCGCACCCACCACCUCCCCCAAUACUCAAAUCUCCUUCACCGCAACAACUCCUCUUUUACGUCCCAAACCAAUCGCCACAGAACUCAUCCCUUCUCUCCCCAAUCUCCCCCAAGUUGCCACCAUGCUUUCUCUCAACAUACCCACUCUCGACCUCUCCAUCAUCGACAACAACAUUGAGACCAUCUGCUCCGGCACCGAUUACUUCACCGAGUGCCUCCUCGGCAUCAUUCCCCACUUCAAUGAUUUCGCCAAAGAGGGCAUCAACCCCAGCAGCGUCCUGAAAAUGGAGAUGGCCACGCUCUGCGACAAAGCCACAGAGACCGUCAAGGAAGUCACCACCAUGCGCGAACACUCCUCGACGUCGCUGGUCGUCUCGGGGAUACUCGACACCUGCGUGGAGAACUACGAGUCGUUGCUCGAGGACCUUAAGGAUGCGGUGCGGGCUCUCGAGAUCCACGACUUGGGCAGGCUGGAGAGCCUCGUUAGCGCCACGUUGCAGGACAUUGUCACCUGCUCGGACUCGUUCCAUGAGAGGCCUGGAGUACGGUCGCCGUUGGCCGACGGUGAUGAUUUGCUGAAGAAGAUGUGUAGCAACAUCUUGGCCAUCUCGUCGUCGAUCAAAUUUUACUGAAUAACCAGAUUUCUUAAUGGGUAUUG